GGUUCGGGCGAGUCUGCAGGAAACCCUUCCCCCAGGCGGUGGGGGCGGGGCGACACCGCCCCCGGGGCGGGCCCAGUGCGUGGCAGCGGGAUCACCGGCCCCGUCGCGAAGUUUCCAGCUUUUUGCGAGCGCCGCUGGAUCGGCCGGACGUCCCCAGGCCCUGGCCAUGCGGCUCCUGCUACUUCUGGCCCCACUGGGCUGGCUGCUUCUGGCCGAAACGAAGGGUGACGCCAAACCGGAGGACAACCUCUUGGUGCUCACGGUGGCCACGAAGGAGACCGAGGGGUUCCGACGCUUCAAGCGCUCAGCCCAGUUCUUCAACUACAAGAUCCAGGCGCUGGGGCUGGGGGAGGACUGGAAUGAGAAGGAGGCAUCGUCGGGUGGAGGGCUGAAGGUUCGGCUGCUGAAGAAAGCCCUGGAAAAGCACGCAGACGAGAACCUGGUCAUUCUCUUCACAGACAGCUAUGACGUGGUGUUUGCCUCGGGGCCCCGAGAGCUGCUGAAGAAGUUCCGGCAGGCCAAGAGCCAGGUGGUCUUCUCAGCAGAGGAGCUCAUCUACCCAGACCGCAGGCUGGAGGCCAAGUACCCGGCUGUCUCCGACGGCAAGAGGUUCCUGGGCUCUGGAGGCUUCAUUGGUUAUGCCCCCAACCUCAGCAAACUGGUGGCUGAGUGGGAGGGUCAGGACAGCGACAGCGACCAACUCUUUUAUACCAAGAUCUUCUUGGACCCGGAGAAGAGGGAGCGGAUCAAUAUCACCUUGGACCACCGCUGCCGUAUCUUCCAGAAUCUGGAUGGAGCCUUGGAUGAGGUCGUGCUCAAGUUCGAGAUGGGCCAAGUGAGAGCGAGGAACCUGGCCUACGACACCCUCCCGGUCCUGAUUCACGGCAAUGGGCCCACCAAGCUGCAGCUGAACUACCUGGGCAACUACAUCCCGCGCUUCUGGACCUUCGAGACUGGGUGCUCCGUGUGUGACGAGGCCCUGCGCAGCCUCAAGGGCAUUGGGGAUGAAGCUCUGCCCACAGUCCUGGUCGGCCUGUUCAUCGAACAGCCCACGCCGUUCCUGUCCCUGUUCUUCCAGCGGCUCCUGCGCCUCCACUACCCCCGGAAACGGAUGCGGCUUUUCAUUCACAACCAUGAGCAGCACCACAAGGCUCUAGUGGAGCAGUUCCUGGCAGAGCAUGGCGAUGAGUACCAGUCCGUGAAGCUGGUGGGCCCUGAGGUUCGGGUGGCGAACGGUGACGCCAGGAACAUGGGCGCGGACUUGUGCCGGCAGGACCGUAGCUGCACCUACUACUUCAGCGUGGAUGCCGACGUGGCCCUGACUGAGCCCAAAACCCUGCGGCUGCUGAUCGAGCAGAACAAGAACGUCCUUGCCCCCUUGAUGACCCGCCACGGGAGGCUGUGGUCGAACUUCUGGGGGGCACUGAGUGCAGAUGGCUACUACGCCCGCUCUGAGGACUACGUGGACAUCGUGCAGGGGCGGCGUGUUGGCGUCUGGAAUGUGCCCUACAUCUCGAACGUGUAUCUGAUCAAGGGCAGUGCCCUGCGGGCUGAGCUGCAGCAGACAGAUCUGUUCUACCACAGCAAGCUGGACCCCGACAUGGCCUUCUGUGCCAAUAUCCGGCAGCAGGACGUGUUCAUGUUCCUGACCAACCGGCACGCCUUUGGCCACCUGCUCUCCCUGGACAGCUACCAGACCACCCACCUCCACAACGACCUCUGGGAGGUGUUCAGCAAUCCCGAGGACUGGAAGGAGAAAUACAUCCACGAGAACUACACCAAGGCCCUGGCGGGGAAGCUGGUGGAGACGCCGUGCCCAGACGUCUAUUGGUUCCCCAUCUUCACCGAGACGGCCUGUGACGAGCUGGUGGAGGAAAUGGAGCACUACGGCCAGUGGUCUCUGGGAGACAACAAGGACAACCGCAUCCAGGGUGGCUACGAAAACGUGCCAACCAUCGACAUCCACAUGAACCAGAUCAGCUUUGAGCGGGAGUGGCACAAGUUCCUGGUGGAGUACAUCGCCCCCAUGACAGAGAAGCUCUACCCGGGCUACUACACCAGGGCCCAGUUCGACCUGGCCUUUGUUGUCCGCUACAAGCCAGACGAGCAGCCCUCGCUGAUGCCACACCACGAUGCCUCCACCUUCACCAUCAACAUUGCCCUGAAUCGGGUUGGGGUGGAUUACGAGGGCGGAGGCUGUCGCUUCCUGCGCUACAACUGCUCAAUCCGAGCGCCUCGGAAAGGCUGGACCCUCAUGCACCCUGGGCGACUCACGCACUACCACGAGGGGCUCCCCACCACCAAAGGCACCCGCUAUAUCGCCGUCUCCUUCGUCGAUCCCUAAGUGGCCAGAUCCAGCCACCUCGGACCUUUUCCUCUGUGUUGACAACCACUGCUCAGCAGCCUUGGGCACCUCGGGGUCCCAGGGACCAGUCCAGCCUCCAGGCUCUUGACCUCUCAUUGCUCUUGGAGCCGCCAUGGGAGACGGGGCCAUAGGCCAGAGGCAGAGCACACCUCCUUGGCUGGGACUUUGCUGGGGCUCUGGACGCAGCCCCAGGAGAAACUGUCCACUUUCCCUGCUUUGCAGCAACUUGUCCUUUCCCACUGAAAGACCCGGUCCUACUUCCUCUGCUUCUUCCAGGGGGCAGCGCUUGAGCAGGUCCAGGGUGGACCCAGCUGCCUGGAGAGACUCUAGGGGCAAGACGCCAUGCCUGGCGCUUCUCCCCCCCGCCAGAGCUGCAGCCCCAGGGACAUCAGCUUCAAGCUGCAGGGUUGACACCAAGAUCUGGAUCAGUCUCAAGUCCCCACCCUGACCGUGGGACUGCUGAAGAGCUCUGUCCCUCUGAGACAGUGACUCAGAAUACUUCCCGGGAGAUAGGAAAUGCAUUGACGCCAUCACUCCAUCCUCUAUCUGACCCUUGCUGGGGGGCGGUGCAGGGAGUGGUGUGUCCACACACUGCACUGUGUUCCCCUGCCCUGGAUCCCUCCAGAGAGAGGGCCAGACAGAAACAGGAGAGUCUCCAUUAAAGGUCAUUCAGGA